CAUCAGAGCUCAUUCAAAAUUUGUACUUAAAUCAAUGCAUCACUGUCCACUUGUGUUUUUCACGCAGCCAAAAACAUGAUGCACAUUCUCACCCAACGGAAUAGACAACAGAAACUGAACAGGCCGUAACAAGUUUUCUGCUUUGAAGUAGAACUUUCUGAAGGGCCGGGAACUGUUCAUGGGGAGAUUAUAAUCUUCAUUUUAGCUUCGAUUUAAGCAUGUCUCUUUGACGCUACAGCACAACUUGAAUCUACCCUUCUCCCCUUGUCAUUUUUGUUAUGAACAGUGAGAUGAAUAAAUACACAGGUCAUGGAGGGAGGUCAUCACAGACAUAUGUUUUCUACAGGUGAAGAACUGUCUGUGCUCCAGCCCCUUGAUGACAGUCAGCGCUGUGAGAGGAGGAGCAGCAUGGAGCUUCUGUUCCAGGUGAAAGAAGAACCAGGCCUAAGAAGAACCCAAGCAGAAUGUUUACAUGAAAAAAGAGACUCUGAAGAAGAGAGCUCUGUAAGAACGGAAUCUCCAGCCCUGCAGCCUCAGGAUGACAGGCAGCCUCAUGAGGGGAUGAGCAGUGUGCAGCUGCUGCCCCAGGUUAAAGAAGAACCCGCUCAGGGAAACUUUACAGCAGAUUGUUCACAUGUAGCAAAGAUGUCAGAAGAAGGUAAGUGCAGUCAGUCUGAGCUGCUGCAGAGGUUACGUCCUCCACUAGCAGAGACGGUGAGCAGCAGACACACCGUCCCGUCAACACAACUCACACCGAUGCAAAACAACACAGAGGGCGACGGGAAACAGCCAUUAGUCGACAGCUCGGCAUCUUUGGUGACUGGUGACAUAGAGUGCAGCGAGGCUCAGAAAGAGUCUUACAACAGAGCUGCACAGAGUGACAGGACUCAGAGAGCAGAGCGGCAAGUGAGAGGAUCACUUCGCUCCAAUGGAAAACAGAACACACACUUCCUGCAGAUAAAGAACGUGAGGUCGCUGAGGUCGCCGCUGCCUCGCCCCACCCUCCCCAGCCAGGGCAUCAAGAGGUGGCACAGCUGUGAGGAGUGUGGGAAGGGCUUUAGCUUUGCCUGUCAGCUGGAGGUUCACAUGCGCUGGCACACCAAGGAGAAACCGUACAGCUGCACUGUGUGUCAGCAGAGCAGAGUGGUGGACGUCUGUGAGUGGAAAGACCAGGUGUCCACGUCAGACUAG